AUGGGUUGCAGUGGCUCAGUUCCUAAAGACACAGAUAUUGUUGUAGAACCAGGCGAGAGUUGUGAAGUUCUAACAAGAUUUGAUGAAUCAAAGCAAAAAUAAGUUAUUAUAAGCAAUCUAUUAGAUGCUUAGGUUAUUAAAGAUGAUCAUAACACAAUUAUUGUGAGGAAGCUUGAUUGCUAAAUGCUGACACCAUUAGGGGAUGUUAAUUUUGAAGAGAAGCUAUUGAUAAUUGAGCCUUAAGAACAAAACUCUAUAGACAUCAAAGAAUUCUUUUCUACCCUUAGCCAGAUUCCCUUAAAAAAUUUAUUUGGCAUUAAAAUUCAUUUGGGUGCUCAAUAUGUGAAAUCCUCAACUGAUAAUGAUUUACAAGAAAUAACUAAGUUUAUCAAAGCAAUAUCACAGACUUCAGAUUAGCUUAGAUUCGUUUCAUUCAAAAUACCAGGAUGGAAUCAGUUGUCAAAUAAAGGAUUAGGAAGAUUUUUAGUUGGAUUGAAAAGUUUGUUGUAGAAAAAUAAAAGAGUCAAAUUCUUUGAAUUAGAUUUUGAGAAUGCAGACAAAGUUGAGGACAUCAUCGUUGAGAAUAUAGCGAAUUGUAUUCACCAAUUAGCUGACAAUAACAAAUGCAUUUUGCAUUUCUCGCUUAACCUAAACUACUGGAUUAAAUGUACCAAUGAAGCAGUUUAGUAUCUAGUCAAUAGCAUAAUAAAAUUGGGAGGAGCAAACACUUCUUUAAAAUACUUUUACUUAAAUUUAAGCAGUUGGGGACUCUGUACAAAAAAGGGAUUAACAGAAAUAGGAUAGUCGCUUUACCAUAUUGCUGAUAGUAAUUAGCACUUGAAAUAUUUUGGGUUGGAAAUGGAAGAUUGGUGGUAGUGCAAAUAACCUGAAUCAUAAGCUUUAGUCUAAGGGUUCUUAAAAUUAUCGUAAAGCAACUCUCAGAUAAAGCAAAUUCUACUCAACUUUUCAAAUUGGGGUUUAGGCAGUCAAGAGCCAUUUUAAAAACUAGAAGAGAAUUUAAAAAAGAUUUUGCCAAAAGUAGAAAAAUAAAUUUUCUUUUGA